AUAUUGACUGAUGGUGGCGUACUGGAAACACUUGUGGAGUCUUUUUACCGCACGUCUUCUUCAACGCCACCGAGGAUUUCUUUGUAGGGAAAGAAAUGUCUGAGCGGCCAUGGCGUCUCUGGGACAGAUCAUCUUCUACACCAUGAUCACGCUCAUCAUCAUCUUUUCCUCAAUCAUCAUCCUCAUCUUGGCUUUAACCUUCUCAGGAUCCUUGUCAGUGGUCCAGAGCCUUAACAGACUUCCUGUGGCCAACCUGGGCCAAGACCAAGUCCUCAGCUGCUUCCUGCCGACCGACGACGAGCAAAGCACCUUCAAGCAGGUCUCGGUCACGUGGGAGAAGACCUCUCUGUCCGGGGUCGUCUUCCGCUACGAGGACGGCGCCGAGAGCAACGCCGACCAGGACUCUCAGUACAGCGGCAGGGCGGAGCUCUUCACGGACUCCCUGGUCAGAGGAAACGCCUCCCUGCUGCUGAGGAGCGUCAGGCGCGCCGACGAGGGCGAGUACAAGUGCGGCGUCAGCUACUCGGACGGCAGCGGGGAGGUCAGCGUACGCCUGAGGACGGCAGCCUUCACAGCGCCAACGUUCACAUUCUCAGACGGCGCCCUGACAGCCGAGGCAAGGCGCUGGUUCCCCAGGCCCAACGUGACGUGGCUGGACGCCGACGGCAACGUCCUGCAGGGGAACACCGACUUCCAGGAGAUAUCUUCCGGGAUAUUCCGUGUGGUCAGCACUCUGCAGCCCAUCAACGACAGCGACACGUACACCUGCAGGAUCCACAACCGCCUGGUGACGGCGCACGCUGAUGCCACCGUGACAGGCUCUGACGUUUCAGCGAGAACCCGCUUCACCUACGAUGCCGCAUCAGCCCUGCUAGCAUCACACUGCAUGGUCGCUGUGUGCGUCCUCCGUUACCUGCUUUAGGAGGACAAUAGUUUGGGGUGAAACCAGUAUUACCUUAGCUCGUCAUUAGAGGAAGCUAACAUGUAUCUAGCAGUAAAUUACUAAAAAAAUAAAUGUGUGGA